AGAAAAAGUGUUACUAAUUGAUAAAAGAUUGAAUAAAGUUUUCUUUUUUUAAUAACAUUUUGUAUGCAUCUAUGCUUAGAAUCACAACUAUCUUUGGUAUAAUGUUAUUUACUCAAUUUUAAACUAUAAAAUUAAAUUACACAGCAGAAUGAAGUAAAUUGGGAAGUAUCCAUGGAGCUGAAAUUAUUGAAACAUGAUAAAAAUAGUAUGAAAGCUAGACCCCCAAACUUAUUUUAUGGAAGUAAAAAGCCCAGAUUAAUUAAAUACUUUGAUCCUAUUCAGAAGUAUGAUGAAAACAGUAGUCUUUUUACAAGGCCUGAAUUACAAACUUUAACAGAAAAUCUACCAGUUUCUGAGUAUGUCUCUGACAAAAGUUCCAAAACAGAAAAAUAUCCAGAAAAAGAGUGUUGUAUUUGUCCUACAUUGGCUAACAUUCAUGAAACUAUUGAUAUAUCUUCACCUGUCAGAAAAUCUUCUUCUCACUCUUUAAGUACUAAGGAUUCAGAUUCUGAAAAAACUUUAGUUGUAGUUAAUGAAAGCAAUAUUGCUGUUGUAUCUUUAUCACCUAUAGCAAAUAAUUUAAAUUGUGAUAAAAGCCUGUAUUCAAAAAAAACAUCUAUCUAUUGUAAUAACAACUUUAAAAAUGAGGAAUCAAACUCAUUGUCUUCAAGCAAAUUAAAAUCCAAACAAAGAACAAUAUCCAGUUAUUUUAAUCAAUCUUCAGCUCCAGCUAAAGAAAUUAGUCAAUCAUCACCUAAUUCUCAUUCCAAUAACAAAAAUCUUGAUUAUUCAGCUAAAUUAUUCCACCAAGUUCUACUUAAACCUUGCAAAACUGAAAACACUCAAAUUACCUUCACGCCAUUUGACCUACAGCUAUCACCUGGAGAAAAGCGUAAAAGUUUAUCUAAAAAGCUUACUCUAAAGAAAUGUACAACUAAUAAUUCUGGAAAAGAACAAACUUACAUAGAUUUGGGUCAAAAAAAUUUUGGGCAUGUUACUUGCACAAUUUGUGGCAUGGUUUAUACAAAAUCACAAGUGGAUGAUGAAACUCAACAUGCAAAAUAUCACGAGAAGCUUGUGCAAAAGCUAAAAUUUCCAGGUUGGAAAAAUGAACGAGUGGUGCAAGAAUUUUACGAUGGGCGUAUCAUAUUGGUUAAGAGCAGUGACAAUCACUUACAUCAAAAAAAGCUGUUGGACAUAAAAGAUAUUGUAGACACAGAACUUGGUUUUACUAAAAAUCAAAAUACAAACUCAUCUGACCAACAGGUUUAUUUGUUCAUAUCUGCAAAGAAGAUUGUUGGCUAUGCUGUGGCUUUACCAAUUAGUAAAGCUUUUCCAAUUAUUCUCACAACCGAAAUUUCAAAUCCUGAAAGUGCUUGUGGAGCUCCGACGACCUCGUGGUGUUGCAGUAUAGAGCCGGUACCAGCUGUUUGCGGUAUUAGUCGUAUAUGGGUGUUUUCACAGAAUCGGCGCCAAAAUAUUGCAACCAGAAUUGUUGAUUGUAUAAGGCAUAAUUUUUUGUACGGCUGUGUCAUCAGUAAAAACAAGAUUGCCUUUUCAGAUCCUACACCCGAUGGUCGCAUUUUUGCUGAGAAGUACAUUGAAGAUCCUCGAAUAUUAGUUUUUAGGUGAAAUUUUGCUUUAAGAGAAUUUUUUUAGAGCACUAAAUUUUUUUUUUGGUGUUCGAAAAGCACAAAUUUUAGUUGGUAUUUUAAAUGCUAACAAUUUUAGGUAAAGUUUUAAAUCCUAACGAGUUUGGCAGAACUUUUUUCAAUUUGAAUUCUUUAAUACAAAUUUUUAUUAAUUUACAACAAAAUCACUUUUCUUAAAACCGAUUAAAACUUUUUGUACUGUUUGUGUUAUAAGAAAUUAUUUAUUAUUAUUA